AUGCCGAUCCAUUAUUUUCAAAGAACCCAUACAGGACAGAAGCCCAAUUGUGUGUCCAUAAAUGUUGGUCCUUCCCAAGGAGGGAGCUACACUUGUGAGUUGAACAACGCUUCGGACGAAAGUCCAAGCUCGUUCAACCUUCAGAGCAAACAAGACUACACUCAUCUCAGUAUCGAGAAUCCCUGCAGAAGCAGUUCCUGUUUCAACAAUGGCACAUGUCAAGCUGGAUACACUGAUAAAGGAUUUCGUUGUAAAUGUCCUUUAGGAUUCACUGGUGUAUACUGCAAGAGAGCCUGCAGCUUUGACUUUGAAGAUGGAGUCGGCGGGUGGGAAAUGACAGGCAGAGCUUUCAUUUACCAGCCAACAUUUGGUGACAAACCAGUCGCGCGCAAUAAAAGCGCCCAGCCUCAAGGGGACUGGUGGGUAGGGGGAGCUGAGAAACGGCCAAAUGAGAGCUUUCCCGUAGGAGGGCAGCAUCCAGAUGAAGCCGACAAACCCCAUGGAACUCUCACUUCACUUUGUUUUCGUAUUGUUGGCAAGAAUAUUUCGUUUCUCAUUGGUGGAGGAUGUAAAGUAAAUGAGGUUCGUGCGGAGCUUAUUGUCAACAACCAGAUCGUCAGAAAAGAGACAGGAAACUGUCUGGAGAAUAUGACCCGUAAGAGCUGGGACGUAGAGGAGUUUAUUGGUCAAUAUGCGCAAGUCAAACUUGUAGAUGAGACUUCUGGUAGUUGGGGUCACAUCAACUUUGAUGACCUUAAAGGAGAUAUCAUUUGUCCUCACGAUUUUGACGGGAAAAACUGAAGAGAUAGCGGCUUUAAAAUCUAACUUAUCAACUCAAGUCACUUUAAAAGUAUGGUGAAGCAGCGUUUGACGCAGUAUACUACUUUCAUUGUGCUAGCAUAGAUAGACACAAUGACAAUGUUUUUGGUGAACAGUAGAAUAGUAUUAUGAAACAACUUUAUGCACGUGAUUGAGAAGGCGAUAAUUAUACAAUACAAUCGUUAUAUCGCUUUACUACUAUGACGAGGAUA